AUGGUCACACAUCUAUCAAACGUCAAAGUCACAAGCCUGCUUGACACUGUUUGGGAAGGUCUGUCCUCAAAUAAAUUAACGUGUGAGCCUAAGAUAAAUAAUACAAUCUACCUGUGGAGGAUAAAUGGCCGAAACAUCACAGAAGAUGGCAAGAGGAAGCUGUCUGACGACAACAGAAUUCUCACUUUACUUAAUAUUGUGAGGAAUGACACAGGACCCUAUGAGUGUGAAGUCCACAACCCAGUGACCAUUUCCCGAAGUUUUCCGUUUUAUCUGGAAAUUUCCUAUGGUCCAGAUGACCCCAUCAUAUCUCCCUCAAAUACUCAUUUCCAAUCAAGGACAAACCUCAGCCUCUCCUGUGAAGCAGACUCUAUCCCACCAGCACGAUACUCUUGGUUUGUCAAUGGAGUGCUCCAGGCAUCCUCCCAAGAGCUCUUUAUCCCCGACAUCACUACUAAUAAUAGUGGGUCCUAUACCUGCUUUGCCCAUAACUCUGUCACUGGCCUCAAUAGGACCACAGUCAAGAUCAUUACAGUCCUUGAGUCUGGGGCUCACAGGCAGGAUGAAGCUGUCCCAGAACAACAGCACCCUCAGCAUAAACACUUUCUUGAGGGCGGAUUCUGGGGAAUAUGA